AUGAUUGAUUUAAGUCAACAGAUUGGUGAUCUUCGUCAGGUGGAAAAAGCUCGUGAAGCAAUACAACAGAAAUAUAAUUUAUUGAAGUUAGACAGAUUAGAAAAAGAAAAAGAAGAUGACGAUGAAAAAGUUAGCUAUGAUGUAGAACAAUUGUUUGAAAAGGAAAAAAAACCUUUAGAAAAGUUAUCAGAUAAAGAUGGUGGAUUGGAUGAAGCAUCAAAUGCUUAUGAACUUCAGGAAAAUGAUGAUAUUGUUGAAUUUCACACACCUGAAAGUGAUUACCUUAACAAGUAUCUAUCAAUGUUGCAAAGGAAUCAAGUAACAUCAUUGGAUACGAUCUAUGGAGUACGUAAAUGGAAAGAUGAUUCUUUUAUGAUAGGUGAUAGACCAUUGAAUUUUGAAGGUGAUAAAAUUGUCAUAGGCAGAGAUACUUAUGAAAAAAGUCCUGGAUUAAUUGAACUAUUGUUCAAGAAAAAACCUGAUACUUCCAUUAUAACUGAAGAUGAAUUAGACACCUAUGGUCGUAUUAUAAAGAAAACGACUGCGCAUAAAAAGUAUUAUAAACCUGAAGAAGAUAUCCGUUAUCAAACAAGUGAUAAAUUUAGAGAUAUUAUUUCUAAGUUGAUUGAAGAGACACCAGUUAACUCAUCAUCUGGCCGAGGAUUUUCUUUGAAGUCACCAAAAAUAGAGAACAAACGUAAAACAGUCGUCGAGGAGCUUUAUAAGCCAGCUCGUCGUAAUUAUCUACGUAGAUCAUUUGACAUUCGUGAUAUUGAUGAGAUAUGGCAAAUCGAUCUUGUUGAAAUGAUACCAUAUGAACGAGAGAAUAAAAGUUAUAAGUACAUCUUGUGUGCUAUUGACAGCUUUUCUAAGUAUGCUUGGUGUGUUGCAGUCAAACAAAAAACUGGAAAAGAUGUUGCAAAGGCUAUGGAAUCUAUAUUUGUGAAAGGACGAGUGCCAAAGAAGAUAUGUCUCGACAAAGGUCAUGAAUUUUACAAUAAAGAUUUCAACAGUUUAAUGACCAAACAUAACAUCCAUAUAUACUCUACAUACAGUAAAUUUAAAGCGUCGAUUUGUGAACGAUUUAGUAAAACUCUAAAAAAUAAGAUGUGGAAAAAGUUCUCGCUAAAUGGUAAUUAUAAGUGGUUGGAUAUACUACCUGAUCUAGUUUCACAAUACAAUAAUUCUAAACAUCGAACAAUUGGAAUGAAGCCCAGUGAAGUGACUGCAGCCAAAGUACCAGAUAUAUUGAAUCGACUGUCUUUGAAAAAACAUCGACCUCUAACAAAACGUGCAAAAUUCAAAGUUGGUGAUAAAGUACGUCAGCAAGUAAGAGUCAGCAAAAGUAAGCAGAUUUUUGAGAAAGGUUAUACACCCAAUUGGUCAACAGAAAUUUUCACAAUUGAUAGAGUUAUGAAAACAGUUCCAUUCACCUACCGUUUGAAAGAUUAUCAAGAUAAACCUAUUGCUGGCGGAUUUUAUGAAAAAGAAUUACUCAGGACAAAAUAUCCAGAUAUUUAUUUGAUAGAAAAAGUUGUAAGACAACGUGGUGAUCAUUAUUAUGUUAAAUGGUUGGGAUUUGAUGAAUCUCAUAAUAGUUAUGUUCAUAAAGAUGAUAUGUGA